ACGGCCGCCACUCCCGAGCGCGGCUUUGCGCGGGUGCGACCGUCCGGAGGAGAUGUUAAGUGAAAGUAGGACCAAGGAAGCGACGAAGAAGAAGAGCAAUUUCCUGUACCGCGUAAUCAGCGGUCUGCAAGUAAAGUGUCCGAAGGCAUCGUAGGAAGAGGACCUUUCAAAAUCGAUAGCAUCCACAGUCCUAAGUUCCUCGAGACUUUCAAAAAAGAAAAAAAGGUCUCAAUUCCUCUUCUUUUAUGUCUCUCUCUCUCUCUUUCACUCAGACACAAAAAUUUAUCCAUCCUCUCUUUCUCUCCUACCCUGUGUUACCCUCAUCAAAAAAAAAUAUUUGCCUUUUUAUUCUCGCGGUCCUCUUCCUACAUAAAUGGGAAUAGGACUCGGAAAUAUACUCGGAAGUUAAUUUUGGGCGAAGAGAUAAUACCGGCGCCUCGAGGCAAACGGGAGAAAAUAGAGGAAGUGACACAAAAAAGUGAAUUCACUGUCGAAAAAUGUGUGCGUAGAAGAAAAAUUCCCGCGGAAGGCCAACUUUCGCUGGGAUAGUGACGAGGAAGUGAUAGUGUAAACGAGGUGAGAGUUGGUUUUUUUUUUUUUUUUUUUUUUAAUAAUUCAGCCCGAAAAUUUGGUGAUCGUUGGAAGUCUAUUAUUGAGAGCGUGUCAUUCUUCAGGACGAAUCAAAGCGGUCGCAGGACGAUGAGUUCCUUUCACGCCUUCUCCUGGACCUUAGCCCUCUUCACAGCCACCGUGGCCUUACUGCUUGCCACCUACAGCACGCCUUUCGCACAUGCUGCAACUGGAGGUGGAAGUAUGUUAGGUGACGUAAAUAUUUCAGCAAUUUUGGACUCCUUCUCGGUGAACUAUGAUAAAAGAGUAAGGCCGAACUACGGAGGUCCUCCUGUGGAGGUGGGCGUCACCAUGUACGUCUUGAGUAUCAGCUCGCUAUCCGAAGUGCAAAUGGAUUUUACUUUGGAUUUUUACUUUCGUCAAUUCUGGAAGGAUCCGAGACUGGCUUUUAAGAAAAGGACAGGCGUAGAGACCUUGAGUGUUGGAUCGGAGUUUAUCAAAAAUAUUUGGGUACCAGAUACAUUUUUCGUCAACGAGAAGCAAUCUUAUUUUCACAUCGCCACCACUAGUAACGAAUUCCUUCGUAUUCAACACACAGGAAGCAUAACUAGAAGUAUACGUUUAACAAUCACAGCUUCGUGUCCCAUGAAUCUACAAUAUUUUCCAAUGGAUCGGCAGCUUUGUCAUAUUGAGAUCGAGAGCUUCGGAUACACGAUGACGGAUAUCCGGUACAAGUGGAAUGAAGGAAUGCACAGCGUAGGCGUCAGCAGUGAAGUUUCCCUACCUCAGUUCAAGGUUCUUGGUCACCGACAGCGGGCCAUGGAGAUUAGUUUAACCACCGGUAAUUACUCGCGUUUGGCAUGUGAAAUUCAGUUCGUUCGCUCAAUGGGAUACUACCUGAUCCAGAUCUACAUUCCCUCUGGACUGAUCGUGAUCAUAUCAUGGGUGAGCUUUUGGCUAAACCGAAACGCAACCCCCGCUCGGGUCGCCCUCGGAGUAACCACUGUGCUCACCAUGACGACCCUUAUGUCCUCGACCAAUGCGGCCCUUCCUAAAAUCUCCUACGUCAAGUCCAUCGACGUCUAUCUAGGAACAUGUUUCGUCAUGGUCUUCGCAUCCUUACUCGAAUAUGCCACAGUAGGAUAUAUGGCGAAAAGGAUCCAAAUGAGAAAGAAUCGCUUUCAAAAGAUAGCAGAGAGCAUGAAAGCAGCCAGAGAAAAUCCAGGACCGCCAGGUCUUCCAGGAGAUCCCCAUGAUCACGCACCCAAACAAACUGAGGUGCGGUUCAAGGUCCACGACCCCAAGGCACACAGUAAAGGAGGAACUCUGGAGAAUACAAUAAACGGAAGGGCUGACGAAGAAGCUCCACCAGUACCACAACAUCUCAUUCAUCCUGGAAAAGAUAUCAGCAAACUUUAUGCUUCAAAACCCAGGGAGACGAUAUUAGGUAUCACGCCAUCGGAUAUUGACAAAUACUCCCGCAUAGUAUUUCCAGUAUGCUUCGUCUGUUUUAAUUUGAUGUACUGGAUCAUUUACCUACACAUCAGCGAUGUUGUAGCCGAUGAUCUUGUGCUGCUCGCAGAAGCUAAGUAAAACUUCUAUCAUCAUUCAGUUCAACAAGAAAGUGAUUUUCAAGAUCGAAGUGAAAAAAGAUUUGUUCAGUCUACAGAAAUACUUUGUGUUCUUGUGCGUCAUACACGAAUAGAACUGUCUUAUCUGGACAUGUUUAAAUUUGAGUAAAUUUUAGACAAUGAUUUUUAAUAUAGUGAGUGUUUAACUAUUGUCCACGAACUAGAUUGUGACAUAAAAUUUUUUAAAAAAACGCCUCGAAUGUUCAUCCUCUGAUUGAGAAAAGUCAUCGUUUUCUCCGUGUCUCUUCCUUUCAAUAUUGCUAAUUUUCUCGUAUCUAUAGUAUAAACCUUAAAGGGCUUCUUCCAACACAAAGGAAUGCUGACAACUUUUCUCUUUCAGAUAACUACACUAAAAAAAUAGUAAGAAGUCCUAACUAGUCAGAAAGAAUAGGACAACUUGACUAUAGGCGUUAACUGUAAGCAGAAGACGCUUUAAAAUGAUCAUAAGGCAGAUUGUUAACUCUUUAGGGAAUAUAACUGUAAAAUUUAGACGACAACUGUAAAAGUUGACAUCUCAAUAGUCGGAUAAGUAAAAAAGUAAGUUAUAAAAAAAAUCAACUGUUCCGUUAAGAAUGGGUGGGUGAAUUUCUGUAAAGACAAAAAACACGUCAAUUUAGCCACACUAGCAGUUACUAAAAAAAGUCGAAAUUAAUUAAGCAGAUAUACGAUCAAGUGGAUUUAACAGCAAGUGUUUUCAAGUGCACAAUAAGUGAAAAAAUGAAAACAUUUUUUGGAUAUCGAAGGACUCUAAUGUCAACUUUUAAUAAUAUAAUAAAAAACAGGUUAAAUGAGCCAAGCCUUUAGGACAGACGCCAGAGUACUAAAUUCGUUUUAAGUUACGGGAAAUACAUUUCCAAAUGUUGAGACAUUUAUCUAAUAUAAAAAAUACUGUGUGGCGGCAGAUUGAAUGAUGGAGACUGAUGCUAAUUAUUAAAUUAAGUAGUAGCGUAUCAUAAUACUAAAAUAUAAAUGUGCGGGUAAUGUCAAAAAAGGAAUUAAAGAAUUCGCUAGAGUCAUGUUUGUUCCAAAAAGCCUAAAUUAAUAUGGCAAACAUACACAAAUUUCUAUUCAAAAUACUUUAUACAAUCUUAAUCAAGCAAUUUGAAUUUAAAAAAAUCAUAAUCUAUUAAUUUGAGCAGUUUAAAUCAACCAAUUUAAAUUAUGUACAAUCUUAAUCGAGAUAUUAAAGUGAACUGAUUAAAAUAAUAUAUAAUCUUUU